AGCAGCGAUCCUCUCCACCAUUUCGCUGCGUAAAGUCUCCUCCCCGCGACCGCUACAUUCUGCGCCGAAACCCAGUCUCUCCCGGUCCGGAUUUUAACUUCUUCCCACAGACCGAGGGGUACCUCGUUGGGUACCGGGAGACAGUUUGGAUUACUGGCAACACGGAUUGAGUGCGAUUUUACGCGGAUGACGACUCCUUCAACGAGAAUUUAGUAAAAGAAAAUCGGUCGGAAAUUUCAGAAUAUGUGGAGGGGAGCCUAAUUUCAGCAUCCUGGAAGUAGAAAGCACAGAAGAUCUGUGUCUCACACCACAGACAGGUGCUGUGUGUAGCCAGGGCAGCACAGAGGAAGGAAGCUCUGGGGAGGAGGCGGAGCGGCGGCCUGCCCCUCCGGCUGUGGAUGUGCUGGGUGGCAACCCCCAGGCUGCACAGAAUGUGGCAGGGGAGUCACCUCGGCAUGCCCCGCAGCCGGUCGCAGCUGCCCCCCGCCCAGUCCCUCCAUUCACCAACCCGUCCGCUGUGCCACUGCAGGAGAGCAACGCCUCAGCAUUCCCCGGCAUGGAGAGCACACCUCCGACCGCUUUGCCUGAGACUCCCCCAAUCAUCAGCGUCUGCAAGGACAGCGUAUCAAACGAAGUCCCCGCUGCAGGUGUCGGAGUUUCCAAACCGUUGCCAACAUCCCUCAACGAGGACUGCGGUUCCUCGGCUGAGAUGCAAAGGCUUCAAACUCCCCCUUGUCCACCUCUCACCUCAGAUUCAGAGAUUGACAGCACAGUGCAAGAGUUGCAAUACGGGUCACAAACUGAUGCAGAGAAAAUCCUCUCAAAUAGUCAAACAAAACAGAUUCAGCCACCUAGAGAAGCUGCUGGACUUGUGCUCAUUACAGGGACACAGUCGGUCACAUUGGAAUAUAAACCAGAGACUGGAACGGACAUGGAACUUAGUGGAAAAGAGCACACGGGCGAGAAUAUUCUCCCUCAGCCCUGUUUCACGGCCUCAUCUCCGCCUGUCCCUCAAUCAAGUGUCGGUUUUAAAGUCCAAGACGCAGCAGAACACGGGGCUGUGCAGCAGUCUGAGGGGGGCACACUCAUUCAAGGGAGCCAUAUACCUCCGUCAGGUGUCGCGGAGCAGGCAGGUGGUCACCAGGACUCAAAAUCAUCUCCGCCCCCUUCACCGUCAACUGACAACAGCGAGAUUAAACAAACUGACUUGUCAAAAACACAACCUCAGAUCGUCACAGAGAUCUCAGACGACGCCAGAGAAACACAGAACUCGAAUUCUUUGGAGUCAGUUGAGAUGUUUGUUGACGCUUCUUGUAAAGAAACACAGCCUUCAGAAGCUGAAUUACUUGACACCCCAAAGGCGAGAGAAUCAACUCCUGGAUCAUUCGAAGUCUCCGUGUCCGAGGGAGCGCAUGUGGAGGGCAGCGCAGGAGAACAGCAAACUGACAUCUCCUUAUCUGACUUCACGGUGCUCCCAGAGUGCUCCUCUCCAAAACCCUCUUCUGCACACGCUCAGUUUGACACCGGCGUAGUUGUCUCGCUGCAGACGGAGCAAGAGGUAGAAGCAGAAACAUCUCAUCCCUUUGACCAGAUCUCCUCGACGGAAACAGAACUCACCACCCAAGAGAUCGUGGUCGUCAGAGAGGGGACUCACAUCAGCGGGGACUGGUCCAACAUGCACCUGAGUCAGAGUUACCUCGUACAACAGGAAGACGGCAGCGUCUGUGAGGCUGCUAUCGUCAACGAUCUGAGCUCUGGUGAACCAAAGCUGUAUGAAGAAAGCGUUCAGGCAGAGAUGGAGAUACACUCGCAGCCCGUGGAGGUGUACGAGUUCUGCGGCCUGGUCGAGGAGGUUGCCGAGGAGACGGUCUGUGCGAGUAGCGUGCAGAUGCCUCACUCUCCGGGAUACGAGGUGAACUUAUUCAACGCGUUGCUAGAAAACUCUGAGGAACACCAUCUUGAAAGUGACACUGUAAUUAUCACCCAGCAGCCCUUGCCUUUAUCACAUGAUGCAAAUCAAACUAACAAUAGCAGCUCCCUUAAUUUGACUGUAGGAAACACGACGGUGCAGCACUUGGUGUUGGAAGCUAACCCAGCUGGUGGAGUGGAUAACUCAAGUGAGGUUUGUUUAGUUGAAGUAGCUGCUGUUACAGCGGACUCGUUCACUGAUGAACAGGUCAACGCAGCAGAGCAAACACAGGUGAGUGACUCUUCUGUAGCUUCAGCAGCUCCACAAAAACAGGAAGCAGAAGCAACAGCUGGUGGAUUAUCUCUCAUAUCCCCAGUGGUUACGAGUGAGGACAUUUCAGAGCGUGUCAGCGCCACGGCGGCUCCAUCGCAGAGUAUUCAGAAUGUGCCCACAGAAACCAAACCAGAGGAGGCCCCCUGCACCGCUCACUUCUCUGGUGUGAUUAAUCCAAAGCUGCUCCUUCUUAAACCAGGAGAAACUCCUCUCCUGAAGCACCCACCCUCCCUUUUGGCACAUGUGUCCAAGCAACAGAGCACGACUGGCAAGCUGGCCAAUGCCCACAGCUCCUGCUCUGGCACGGUGUCUGAGGAGUGCCUUCCCCGAACUGUCCCAGACUCUUUAUGUGCGUCUGAGGCUCCUGGCAGCGACAAAAAUCCGACGCAGUGCUCCGUCAAUAAAACGGCAGUGACGGCGAGCGGUAACAUCUCCCUUCUCCUUGACGAGGCAGCAUCAGCCACACACCAAUCUGACAAAGAGGCCUUAACCGUAACUUCAACAUGUGGACUAAGUGAUCCUGUACCCAAAGAUGCCAUCACCUCACCUGCUACGCCAAACGCCCUGUACACACUCACAGCAUCAGUGGAAAGGGAGGGGGAAGCCGUGGCAUCAGCGAGCCACGACGACCCCGUGAGCCAGCCUGACUCCGUCUACAUGGAGGAAGAGGAGGAGGAGGAGGAGGAAGAGGAGGGUGAGGACGGGGAGCAGGAUGAGCAGGAGGCUCAGGAGGCCGCUUCGGGACAGGUGAGCAGUCCAGAGGAAGGCAGCGAUGAGGAAGGGGAUGCUGACAAGACGGAGAGCGAGAUAACCACGCCUGGAUCACCAAACAAGCAUGGGCAGAGCAGGACAGACAGAAAGGCACUUUUCCUCAAGGUGCAGCAGUGGAUCGCAGACAGGGUCACCGUGAAUUCAUCUCCGGCCUCGCCCUCCACAUCCUCUCCUUACCCCGGACCCUCGCCCGGCAGUGAUUGGUCCACGCCCCGACGGGAGAAGUCCUCGCCUCUCAGGGGUCCUCACGGGAAAUUUGUUUCACCUUCUAUAAUCGGAGGCUACAGCUCGUCCUCAUCGCCGCCCGAUCAGGUCACACCGCAGCGACCCAAAGGACACGCCGACAUGGCAGAGCUGGCUAAACAUGAAGCUGACAUCGAGCACCGAACACAGUCGCUAAAGCGAGAGGGCUUCUGGUCAAUGAAGCGUCUCACCCGGCUGACGGAGCCGCCGCGACCCAAAGUUCACUGGGACUACUUGUGCGAGGAGAUGCAGUGGCUCUCUGCUGACUUCGCUCAGGAGCGGCGGUGGAAGAGAGGAGUGGCGAGAAAGGUGGUUCGAAUGGUGAUGCGACACCACGAGGAGCUGAGGCAAAAAGAAGAAAAGGCCAAGAGAGACGAACACGCUAAAAUUAGAAGAGUCGCCUCCUCUAUAGCAAAGGAGGUCCGGGCUUUCUGGAGCAGCGUGGAGAAGGUGGUGCAGUACAAGCAGCAGUCCCGGCUGGAGGAGAAGAGGAAGAAGGCUCUGGACCUUCAGCUCGACUUCAUCGUCGGCCAGACGGAGAAAUACUCAGACCUCCUCAGCAAAUCCCUCGCACCCGUCAGACCUGCUGAAACGGUCCCGCCCACCCCUCAAAAAUCUGCUCCGCCUCCAGGAGACGAAGAUGACCGAGACUUUGAGCCUCCCUGUGAGGAAGAGGAUGACGAGGAGACCAUAGAAGUGGAGGAGCAGCAGGAGGGGAACGACGCUGAGAGCCAUCGGAGGGAGAUUGAGCUGCUGAAAGAGGAGGGCAUGCUGCCUCUGGACCAAUUACUCAGCACCCUGAAGAUGCCGCAGGAGUCCGGAUCAGACGAAGAGUGCUCUGAUGAAUCAUCGUCAUCUGUAGAGGAAGACGGCGAAUUCACAGUGAAUGAAGAGGACGCUGAGGAUGAGGAGGACACCAUCGAUGCGCAGGAGAAGGUAGAAGGAAACGUGAAUCACGCCGAGGAGCUGGACGACUUGGCCAAAGAAGGGGACAUGAGCGUCGAGGAGCUGCUGGAGAAGUACAAAGGAGCGUACGCCUCAGACUUCGAGGUUCCUUCUGCAUCUGGGUCCAAAGCCAGCUCUGAUUCCGAGGUGUCUGGGGAUGAGGAGGAGGAGACCGAAGAGGAUGAGAGCGACGCAGAGAGCAACACGUCCUCAUCAGCAGACUCAGCAGGAGACAGUGCAGAAGACGAAAGCGAGAGGGAUGAGGAGGAAAGUGAAGAAGAAGAAGAAGACGACUGUGGAGGGAUGGAGGUUCUGCUGAAGGAGGGCGACAACAGCCCGCCUGCCGCGAGCUCACGGCCAAAGAAAGAAAUCAGCCAUAUCGCCGCCACCGCUGAGAGUCUGCAGCCGAAAGGUUACACUCUGGCUACCACAAAGGUCAAGACACCCAUCCCGUUCCUGCUUCACGGCACAUUACGAGAAUACCAGCACAUCGGACUCGACUGGUUGGUCACGAUGUACGAGAAAAAGCUUAACGGCAUCCUCGCUGAUGAGAUGGGUCUGGGAAAAACCAUCCAGACCAUCGCUCUGCUCGCUCACCUCGCGUGUGAGAAAGGUAACUGGGGCCCUCACCUCAUCAUCGUCCCCACCAGUGUGAUGUUGAACUGGGAGAUGGAGCUGAAGCGCUGGUGUCCUGGGUUUAAAAUCCUCACGUACUUUGGCAGCCAGAAGGAGAGGAAGCUGAAGAGACAGGGUUGGACCAAGCCCAACGCCUUCCACGUCUGCAUCACGUCGUACAAACUGGUGCUGCAGGACCACCAGGCGUUCAGACGCAAGUCCUGGCGAUACCUGAUCCUCGAUGAGGCUCAAAACAUCAAGAACUUCAAAUCCCAGCGCUGGCAGAGUCUGCUGAACUUCAACAGCCACCGGCGCCUGCUGCUGACAGGAACGCCUCUCCAGAACAGCCUGAUGGAGCUGUGGUCUCUGAUGCACUUCCUCAUGCCCCACGUCUUUCAGUCCCACCGAGAGUUCAAAGAGUGGUUCUCCAACCCGCUGACGGGGAUGAUCGAGGGCAGCCAGGAGUACAACGAGGGCCUGGUCAAGAGGCUGCACAAGGUGCUGAGGCCGUUUCUGCUCAGGAGGAUCAAGGUGGACGUGGAGAAGCAGAUGCCCAAAAAAUACGAGCAUGUGGUGCGCUGCCGGCUCUCCAAGAGGCAGCGGUUCCUCUACGAUGACUUCAUGGCUCAGGCUUCGACCAGGGAAACGUUGGCCAGCGGUCACUUCAUGUCUGUGAUAAACAUCCUCAUGCAGCUCCGCAAAGUGUGCAACCACCCCAACCUGUUUGACCCCCGACCCAUCCAGUCUCCCUUCAUCACUAAGCCCAUUGUUUUCCACACGGCCUCCCUGGUGCAGGACGCCCUGGAGGUCUGUCCUUUGAAGCGCUGUGACCUCUCCAUGUUUGACCUUGUUGGUUUGGAGAGCCGAGUGUCCAGAUACCAAGCAGAUGUUUUCAUGCCGCGUCACAAGGUCAGCCGGCAGCUAAUCCAGGAGAUCGUGGAGUCCCCUGAACCUCCUCCAAGACCCAGACCUGUCCGCAUGAAGGUCAACAGGAUGUUCCAGCCGCCCCCUAAAGGUGACAACCGACCGGUCCUUCUGAUGAACAAACCCACCUGCUCGGUCCCCCCUGCAACACAGACCCCCAAAACUGCACCAGCUACCGAAGCCCUCUCAACUCCUGCUCCUGUCGUUCAGCAAGUGGUGUGUACAGUGGCUACCACCCCUGCUCCUCGCCCGACCAUGCACCUGACGGCUCAAACGGCAGUGAGAUCCAGCGCUCCGAAACCAGUUCUGACCGUACGGCCUCCCACUGCUGCCUGCGCAGCAAACAUCCCAGCCCACCCAAACCCUACAAAUGUCCUUCCUCAGAGGGUUCUGCUCAGCCCGGACAUGCAGGCUAGGUUACCCUCUGGUGAGGUGGUGAGCAUCGCUCAGCUCGCCUCUCUGGCAGGGCGACCUGUGUCCUCAUGUGCGGGCAGUAAACCCGUCACCUUCCAACUUCAGGGUAACAAGCUGACUCUGUCUGGAGCUCAGAUCCAUCAAGUCCCAUCUGCUCCUUCACGCCCUGUUCAAGGUAAUGUGAUGCACCUGGUGUCCAGUGGGGUGCAGCACCACCUCAUCAGCCAGUCUGCCCAGGUCACUGUGCAGAGCAACUCCACCACUCUUCCUGCAGGCGCAGCCGCCGCCGCUUUAUCUGCCAACCGGCUCGCUCUCAACGCCACCCCUCAACAAGUGACCCCCGCCAUGAUGAGCAGUCCCGGCGUUGUGAAGAUCGUUGUGCGUCAGUCUGCAGGCAAGGAGGGAGGGCCUGUGCCCACUUUGGCAGUUGCCCCUUCCCCUCGUGUUGCCCCUCAGGCACCCCCUUACCCUCACCCUCAUGCCAACACAACCCCUGUCAGAAACACUGCUCCACUGCAAAUAGCCCAGCGCACCCCUGGUCCUGCUACCGCCCACUACACCAUAGCUCCACCUGGAAACCUUAGCUCCACCCCCAACCAGCCCCACCCCCCUCGUCCUAUCCUCAAAGUAGUGCAGCCUCCUCCAGCGAGCACAGAGCAGCAAGCCCCCGCUCAGGUGACCUCCUCUGUCUCCAAGGCUACAGCAGCAUCACGGGAGAACAGCAGCAGCAAUCAAACACCGGUUAGCACCAAGCCAAGACCCAGCACAGCAGCAAAAUCCCUCCCUCCACCCAGAAAAGUGCCUCGUCCGCCUCCUCGCUCUCCUUUCUACAUGUCAUGGCUGGCAGGAAGUCACAGGCAGCAGCACGACAGCAAACUGGACUUCAUCGGUCGAGUCAACGAGCUCCGCUGUGGGGCGAAGCCAGCGUACGGCCGGGAGGUUUUGGACUUCCUGACUUUUCUCCCCGGUGGCCGUCUCUCCCCGGCGGCUCCGACCUCUCACGGAGGGUGGGGACGCUCGGGACACAGCAGCUGUCUCUUUGCACAGUGGCACAACAAAACCGACUACUGGUUCCAGAGCCACGCCGUGACCGAGGCGAUCCACAGCAUCGAACAGAGGCUGGUGCUGCUCAAGGAAGUCGUAGACAGGUUCACAUUUGCUAUUCCCCCUGUGGAGGCUCCUCAAAUCUCCAUGCACUGCUGCCAUCCUCCGCCCUCUCUGAGCCACAAACAGGCCGUGUUCUGCUCCGCACUCUCAAAUGAAGUCACCCCGCGGACUCGCAGCCUCCAUCGCAUCCAGUGCAACAUGAGGACCCAGUUCCCCGACCUGAGGCUCAUUCAGUACGACUGUGGUAAGCUGCAGACUCUCCACACUCUGCUGAGGAAGCUGAAGACAGGAGGACACCGAGUGUUGAUCUUCACUCAGAUGACGCGCAUGUUAGACGUGCUGGAGCAGUUCCUCAACUACCACGGACACAUUUACCUGCGCCUGGACGGCAGCACCCGGGUGGAGCAGAGACAGUCCCUCAUGGAGCGCUUCAACGCAGAUCGCCGUAUCUUCUGCUUCAUCCUGUCGACUCGUAGCGGAGGCGUGGGUGUGAACCUGACGGGCGCCGACACUGUUGUGUUCUACGACAGUGACUGGAACCCCACCAUGGACGCCCAAGCACAGGACCGCUGCCACAGAAUCGGCCAGACCAGAGACGUCCACAUCUACAGGCUGAUAAGCGAGCGCACGGUGGAGGAGAACAUUUUAAAGAAAGCCAAUCAGAAGAGGAUGCUGGGAGAUAUGGCCAUUGAGGGAGGAAACUUUACCACGGCCUUCUUCAAACAGCAAACCAUCAGAGAGCUGUUUGAUAUGAACGAAGGCGAGAAGAGAGAGGUAGCGGUGGAGCUCUCGGUGGUUCCCCCAGUUGAGGAGGAGGAGGCCGGCAGCAAGCAGAGCACCACCAUCCUGGAGCAGGCUCUGUGUCGUGCCGAGGAUGAGGAGGACAUUGUCGCAGCCUCUCAGGCCAAAGCGGAGCAGGUGGCAGAGCUGGCGGAGUUCAACGAGAACAUACCGUUAGAUGAUGGAGGAGAGCAGGAGGAGGUGGAGGAGCUCUCUAAGGCUGAGCAGGAGAUCGCCGCUCUGGUGGAGCAGCUCACUCCCAUCGAACGCUACGCCAUGAACUUUUUAGAAGCCUCAUUGGAGGAUGUGUGCAAAGAGGAGCUGAAGCAGGCUGAGGAGCAAGUAGAAGCUGCCCGAAAAGGUCUGGACCAAGCCAAGGAAGAAAGACUGAAGCUCCACGCCUCAUCCGACGACGACGAAGAUGACUUCUUGUCCCCUCCAGCCUCCGCGGAGCCAUCUCAGCCAACCCCGGCCCGCAGAGGCCGUAAACCCAAGGACAAGGACAAGGUUGUCACCUCUACAAGGACUAGUGGUCGGCUGCGUGGGGCCUCGCCUGAAACUGAGCCGGAGCCUACGCCCCCUAGAGAAGUGCCUGAAAGACUACGUGCUGGUCUUAGAGGACGAGGAGCUGCCAAAGACACUGGAUCUGUGUCUACUGCCUCGCCUCGUUCAGAUCACCACAAAACGUCCUCAUCAACCAGACAUCAAGAUUCUAAACCGUCAAAAGCUUCAUCUCCUGCCAGAGAUCACCAGACCAUCAAAACCAGGACUCUACCAAACCGCUCCCAUCCCAGUCCAGUGCCUUCCCCUCCCACCACCUCUCCCUCUGGAGGGAAACCGUGUGUUGGUGAGACCGACAGCAAGAACUCCAAAGCCGGUAAAGAAGAGAAAGAUGGGGAGAGUGAGAGGAGGGCGUCUGAGUCUUCACUGGAAUCCAGCUGUCCAGUGGACCAUCAGACAAAAGAUGAGGACGGCAAAGACCACUGCGCCAUGUCUCCCCCCUCCACGAGCUCCAGAUCGCCUCGUAAGCGUCAGUCAGCGGACGGGGAGGUCCUGCGUGGUCUGGUUGAGGACUCCCCGUCAGCCAAAGUCCUGCGGAAGCUCCCGGGGAGGCUGGUCACAGUGGUGGAGGACAAGGAGCCAAGAAGGAGGAGGCGGAGAGGAAGUGGAACUGGAGGUGGAGCGUCUUCAGAGGAGGCGUCUGCGGAAGACAACACUGCCGGUAUCGCUGAUGAACCAAACAAAGACAACACCUGCCCGAGCUCUGACAGCAAAGCUAAAGGAACAGUCAGCAAAUGUCCUCAGGACCAAGACUCCACUAUCAGUCCACCUGUGCCCCCACAGCCUGUCAGAGCUUAUCCUCCUUACUCUCCACCCUAUCUUUCUCCUGACAUGCCAGUGCUGAGGAAUCUUCCUGUACGCCGCAGGCUGGAAACUGAAUCUCGCAUGGCUGCUCAGCUAGGAGAGCAAAUGCAGCAUCUCGGCCGAGGAAGAGGAGGGAACCAGUCCAAAAGAGCCGACGGAACACCAGGAAAGGACACUUCUACGGACUCUGGUGCCACAUCUUUGAAAAGAAAAAGGGGCCGGCCCCCUAAGACUCCCCCUAGGUUAUCCGAGUCUGACAACCCAGUGAGUCCUUCCCCACAACCCACCUCUCCAAACGAGGAAGGGAACCCCCCUCUUUCCCCAAAACGUAAGAGGGGUCGUCCUCGCAAAGACUCAACAACCACGCCAGAUAGUGUUGCUGAAGAACAGAACUCUACAAAUGAAACCACCACUACUGCCGUAUGUGGUUUAUCAAAAACUGAUGCUAGCACAGACCCAGCAGGCCCGUCUCUACAGAAGUCUGAGACCCCUGCAGCUGCUGCCAUCACUACAGGUCAGGCCCAGUCCACCAAAUCUAACGAAACAGACACUAAGACUGAGGCUUUAGCCGCCGAUCCAUAUGUAGCUCAAGCUUCCACAACAACUACAGAUCAAACUUCCUCAUCAGUGUCCGCUUCAGUUCCAGCACUACCUCCCCCUGCACCUACACCCCUACCUGAGGUUACCACAUCAUCAGACUCAGCGCAAGUCAUGGAACCAGUUCCAGUGUCUGCUGUAGUUCCAAGCCCAGCCGCAGAAUCAACCAAGGCUUCUUCUGUAUCCACUGCAACCCUUUCCACAACUUCCACCAUCCCUGUCAGUGCAACUUCUACCACAACAACUCCAUCACUGCCUGCCAGCAACGUCAAAUCAACUCCUCCAGAUGUAAAACCACCGCUUGUUGUUUCUACAGCCUCAAAAGUUCCCGCAGAGCCAGCACCUUUAUCUUCUUUAAAGGUGAAACCACCAGGAACAGACUCUCCCAGAGUUACCACAGUGGACCCACCAGCUGCUGCUACCACUACUCCUGCUCCUCCCCCUGUGACGUCCUCACAAACAGUCAGCGUCACAUCUGUAAAAACAGUUCCAGCUCAAACUCCUGCUUCCAAGAACUUGUCUCAAAGUCUGUCACAUGCAGCAUCUGCGACAUCUGCAACAUCUACAACAUCUGUAAAAUCUGCAACAUCUGCAACAUCUGCAACAUCUGUAAAAUCUGCAACAUCUACAACAUCUGUAAAAUCUGCAACAUCUACAACAUCUGUAAAAUCUGCAACAUCUACAACAUCUGUAAAAUCUGCAACAUCUGCAACAUCUGCAACCUCCACCCCAACUGCAGCCCAGAAGGUUUCAGCUUCAGCUUCAGCUUCACCAAAACCAGUCUCAGUAUCUUCCCCCACUACAGUAAAACCUGUGACAACGGUUAAAACAGUCCAAGCUAGUCCCUCUAAGUCAGCAAGUCCAAGUACAGUUCCCACCACAAGUCCAACCCCGGUUGUCAAGGCUUCUUCAGGGCCUCCAGUAACAACAGUGUCAUCAUCUUCUGCAAGUCCAGCUCCAUCUUCUACACCCCAGGCAAGACCUAAUGUGACUGCCACUAAAGUCCCAAUCAAACCAGUCUCAACCCCGCCAACCCCACCAGUCCCAGCUGCCCCUCAGACCCAGGUAACAACUGUAACAUCCUCAGCAACUUCCCCAGUCUGUGAUCCUUCCACAGCGACAGCAUGUGCCGCUGUAACAUCCACAGCCAGGGUGGAGACGGUUACGGUUACUACACCUACCCCAACAGAGACAGUCCAACAGACUGUAUCCACCCCCGCACCAGCAGUCCCUUCUAAAGAACCCACAACUUCAGCUGCCCCAGCUCCACCUGCAGAAAAGACUGUUACGACCCCUCCCCCUGUAGCUACAUCCACAGCUACCACAUCCUCACCAACAGUCACAACGCCCUCCCCACAAACAUCAAAUAAAGAUGCUGCCACAAACAUUGUACAGACCACCCCAGAACCCACCUCCACACCAACACCUCAGUCUGCAGCACCACCCACCCCAACCAAAACAGUUCCUCCUGUGUCAAACUCAAACACCACCUCUCUGCAGACACCUAGCCCCGCUUCUAAAGAUGAUCACCAAGAGAUCUCUGCACCAGUCCAGACGGAGGAGCCGACCAAGGAACAAACAUCUGCCCCUCCUAGUGCUGCAUCUGAAACACCGUCUUCUGAGCCAACGCAGAGACCCCCUGAGUCUAAAAGUGACUCGGACAAGACGACAGAAAUGGAAGUAGAUCCUGUGCCGACUGAAGAAAGGACUCCCAAUGAGAAGGAGGACCCAAAGCAGGACGUCUGCAAGUCUCAGUCUAAAAGGAGAAGAGUGGAGAGCUCCUCUGAGACCAAAGACUGUGAGGACGCAGGUGGGACAGAAGAAAAGACUACGACUGACCCUCAGAAAGAAGAACCCGUGACGCCGACUACCGAAGAUCAGAAAACUCCAAUCCAGAAAAGACCUCUUAGUCGGCAGAGCAGCCAGGAGUCCACUAGCUCCUCUUCACCAUCAUCCGGGUGCUCGACAUCAACCCUCACUCGCCACGCUCACCACAAGAAAACCUACGAAAACAGACUUCCAACCAAGAAGAGGCGAAUGGACGUCACGUCAGAGUCAGGGAAGGAGGAGACGAACGAGGGUCAGGAGAAGAAAGAGGAAGGCGGUGAGAAGGAGAUCUCUGCCUCCCGGAGAAGACGGUCACGGUCUCCUUCCUCUUCCUCUUCAGAUUCUGACACCAGUGAGAGCAGGAAGGAGCACCGGCUGACCCGCUCAGCAAAGCGCCGGCUCGAUCAGGAGGGAGAGAAAGGCAGCAACCGGCAAGGAAAGAAACCUUCAAACAGCUCUGAGAGAAACGCAUCAAACAACGCCAACACGUCCACGGGUGGAGAGUCCGGUAGUGAUACAUCCUCAGUGAGGAUCACCAGGAAGUCUGCAGGAUCUCAGCCUCCUCAAGAAAGUAAAGCUCAAACCAACAGCACACCCUUGUUGCCUCCUGAGCCUGAAGUUCUUGGAAAGAGGUGUUCGGCACUCAAUGCUGCAGCCAAGCUCCUCGCAAUGAAAGGCCGGGUCGAUACCCCGGGUCACACCCCUCGGAGAGACUCUGGAUCCAAGGCUGCAGGGACUUCACCUGCCCCCUCUUCUGACAAGAACCAAAAGCCAAAAACUAAAAGUGUCCCCGCCUCUCCUCAGAGUAACUCUGUGAACGUUACGAAUAACAAAAGCAGCGUAAGCAAACCUUCCACCCCAAACCAGGCGAACCGCCCUGCCUCCCGCUCCACCAGACAGUGCCCCGGUUCCCUGGUCCCUCCCCUGGAAAUAGAGUACAAAAGACCCAAAGCAGAGGACAAGGAGAGAGGGAGCAGGAAGUCAUCAAGGGGCAAGGAAGGCGAGACAGAAGCGCAGUCUUCAUCCCGGGGCCACAGUGCCUGCAGCAGCAUGAGCAGUGACGGCGAGGGCGACGGGCGCAGCAGCAGGAGCCGCAGCAGCAGUAACAGCAGCCAGCGCACCCACAGCAUCAGCUCACAGAACACCGAGCACAGAGAGUCCCGCGCCGCCUCCUCGGGCAGCGAACGCAGCUCAGAGCGAGCGAAGAGCCGAGACAAGCGGGGCCAGCACCGGGAGAGCCGGCCGGAGAGCAGGAGGUCUCAGAGGCUCUCUCAGGAGGUGGUGACCAGCGGUUCAGGAACGGAGGGCACGCCGGACAGGGUGCUGCGGAGCGUCGCGGCAUACGCGGCAGCGCAGGCCCGGUCACCGGCAUUAAACACCCGCUCCUCAUCCGGUCAACAUCGUCACAACAAGACAUGAUCGAGUGCCAAAGGGAAAAACACAGAAGACAGAGUGUACAAUACGAAGGCACGUCACGACCUUCCAAGGUUGCUGCUUUGUCCUCACUCUGAUAAACGCAAGGGAACUGAGUGCUGCACAAGCCAGGGACCUCCCCUGCCUCUUGGGCCCUCUCCCUUUCCAAUUGGAGCUGGAACCCCUCACCGGCUCAGCCAUUGUCAGCUGGGGGAAGGCUCAGGGAUGCCGGACUGAGAGUUAAAAAAACGUGGUGCAAUCGACGUGUGUGUGUGUGUGUGUGUCCACAAACACAGACUGAGAGAUGACACAGUGGACUAAUUCACCACUGGGACUUGAGGGGGGGACGAAGGUGCAAGAGAAAAAUAAAGCAAAGUUGUUAGUUCACAUUCUGUACUGUAAUCUUCAGAGACUGGACGCUCAGAUCUUAUGUGUUAAGACGGGAUUAUACAGCACCCUCUUAUAAGGGGUCAAAAUGAAAAGUCAUUGGUGUGACAGUAAAACUUUGGAGUGACCAGUUGUAUUGUAAGUUGGAGGUUUUAGAAAGUUUGGUUUUGAGAAUUUCGUCAGCUGUCCUGACUCUUGUUUCUUUGUAGUCAGUUGAUAAGUUAUGCAUAUUUUAUUAUUUCUUCCAGGGUAUUCGGAAGAGAACCGAUCUGUCAAUGUGAUCUUUGCUGCACUAUGCUGGAGCUUGUCUUUGCUUGGGCCCCUUUUUGUUCACGUCAGUUUCUGUUCAAUGGAUUCAUUUUUAAAUCCAGCCUUGCAUUUCUCAUUUGCACAUCUGAUAACGUGGCCCCUCUGCUUCUUUUGGGAGUACAUUGUGUUGUAGUUUAAAGGUUUUGACAUCAACUACAGUUAAUUAAUUGGUCCCUGGUACCUCACAGUGUAUCUCUACUGUUCAGACAUGUAUUAAAAGACAGUCUGCGCUCCUUAUCACGAACCCGGAGCGAGAAAUAUCUCAUUUCCUUCCUGAUCUACCAAAAGGCAGUCGUUGUAAUGGUCCAGUUUGUCUUGUAUUUAUACUAAAAGGGCAAGUAAAUGUUGAAAUUAAGAGUGCCUCUUUGGCCAAAAUGGGUUUGAACCUCUGAUUGCCUUGUGAAGCACCUGAAGCAGGGGUGUCGAGCUUCUCUCAAAAAAAGCCAAACAAAAAAAAAUAAAAAAUACAACCAACAACAAGAAGACAUCGAACGCAUCAUCCUGUGCAUCAGUGCUACCAAAUUAACAUUUUAUUUUCACAUGAAUUCUUGUCACCGUCACGUCAUUGCUCUUAGUUCAUGUAAAGAAAAACUACUUGGACAAAAUGUGAAUAAAAUAACUGGUUCAGUUCCAGAUGACUGUAAAUUGUCGAUUUACGUUUGGACUGGUCGGAGCGACUCGGAGCGAGAGGUGAUAUAUAUUUGGGGGGCGGGGGGGGGGGAGGGGGGUCGGAUAGUUUAUGGUGAUGGUCUUAUUUUUUUGAUUUGUCUCUCUUCAUUUGUUGCAUUCCUUUGAUCCCUUGUAAUUCCACAAUGUUUUACUUGAAAAAUUAAGACAAUUACAGUUGAAUAAAAACACCAAAAAUUA